AUGAAGAGCAUCACCGCCAUCCAGCUCAUGUCCAUGCUUCUCAUGGCACCCAUGGGCAUCAACGCCUACAAGGUUCCUGUCAUGAAGGUGGACAGGGCAGAAUUCAAGGACGAAAACACCAUCACCUACCGGGAUCCUAACAAGCCCGGUCGCACCACGUGGGGAUGCGACCCGGCAGACGGUGACUACCUCGCCCUCAACGCCGACAAGUCCUAUGCCACCUGCUGUCAGGCCCCCAAAUCCGUCCUGGUCGGGUCGGCCGAGACCGAGUUCCACUGCUGCAACCCGCGCGAGGACGUCGCGCUCAACGCCCAGGGUGCCUUGGACUGCUGCCCCGUCGGCCAGAUCUUUGGCGGCGCGUGCAAGGAGCUCUGCCAGAACGGAAAGGAGUUCGACGCCAAUGGAAACUGCGUCUGCCCCAAGGGCCAGGAGGUCAAGCCGGAUGGUAGCUGCGGUCCCGCGGACAAGGCUGACGAGGACAAGACGGAUGAGAAGAAGCCGGACCCAGCCGCUUGCAGCUCUGGCCUGCAGACCGGAAAAUGCUACCAGUUCAAGGGCAAGGAGACGGGCAAGCUCCUCUCGUACGUCAACGGCCAGUACUCGGAGUCCUCUCCCGGCAAGACCGUCUUCCCCGGCAAGUUCAAGUUCUGCCGUGACGAGGCCUGCCGCCCCGGCCUGCCCGUGAACCCCAGCAACCAGGUGCACAUCAAGGAUCUCAACGGGCCCAACCGCGAGCUGUCGAACCAGUGGCUCAACGCGGCGCUCAACGGCGCCCACAUCUCCAAGACGCCCGACUUCGCCAAGGCCGGCUCCUUCUCCAUCUCCAAGUGGACCUGCGGCACCUACUGCCUGACGGGCUUCAUCCACGGGCUCGACAUCGCCUGCCCGGCCACGGACCCGUCCAUCAGCUUCUACACCAACGGCGCCGCCGAGGCCUGCGUGCCUUUUGAGCUCAUCGAGGUCCCCUGCGACAUCAGGGACGACGCCAACAACUGCCUGUGGGACCGUCCCAUCAACAAGUGCUAG